AUGAAAUCGACAUUUAAAUCAGAAUAUCCAUUCGAAAAGAGAAAGACUGAAUCAGAGAGGAUAUUAAACAGAUUUCAGAAUAGAAUACCGGUGAUCUGUGAAAAAGCUGAAAAAUCAGACAUACCAGAGAUUGACAAACGAAAAUAUCUAGUACCCGCAGAUUUAACUGUAGGACAAUUCGUAUACGUCAUAAGGAAGAGGAUAAUGCUUCCACCAGAAAAGGCAAUAUUUAUCUUUGUAAAUGAUACUCUUCCACCUACAGCUGCACUAAUGUCAGCUGUAUAUCAAGAGAAUAAGGACAAAGAUGGGUUUUUAUAUAUUACAUAUUCAGGUGAAAAUACAUUUGGACAACAAUAA